AUACUCCUCCACAACUCCUCUCAGAAGUUGUGGGGAGCAGUUUACUUUUUUUUGGAAAGCCUGCUUGUUGAAGGUUACUGUGGAGGUUCCUUCAUAUCCCAUUGCUUUUUUUAGAGGCAACAAGCAGGACGUGCAACAUGACUUUAUUCAGACUGUCCGUUUUUGUUCUGGCUUCAUCCUACUGCUUUACUGUGCAUAGCAGGCCGGCAGGUGUCCACCUGCGUAAUAUGGACAGCUUCAUCCAAGCUGUGCAGCAGGUAGAAGACUCUAACCCCAGUCUGUCCCCCCUGGCUCUGGUCAGGGCCCUGCGAAGGACCGCUGGCCACGAUGAUGGGAUGACCAUUCAUUUCUUGGGAGCAUCAUAUAAUGCCAGUGAUGCUCCUCCUGAGGCCCUAGAGACAGCCAUUCUCAAUGCCUCAUCUUUCAGCUUUUUUGACAAGGCCAUCCACCACAUUGUGACUGAUUACGGAGAGGAACGAGGGGUGGUCCUUGCUCCAGAUGGCACUACGGUAGCUCUUGCACCCUUACUGCUAGGAAUCGAAUUGGGACUGAAAGCCAAGAUGGAGGGCACGCCAGCUGUUGGCAUGUUCCCCCUCACCUUAGGUAGGACGUUGGGCCUGUCCUUCCUCAGCCUCCAGGACUUCCCAUCAUCGUAUCGCCUGGGGCCUAACGGAUGCUGGGACAACGUGGAACACCCUAAGGUGUUCAAGCUGUCUCGGCCUGCUACUCUAGCCACUGAUGCUGUUAUUAAUGGGGGCAUGGAUGGAGCCAUACUGGGCAUGGACCUUAGCAACCUAUCACCACAUGAACAACCUCAGGCCCUCAGUGACAUUUUGAAAGGAUACUAUAGUUUUAUUCUGCAUGAGGGUCAGGGUCUUGAUGCUGUGACCGGCCAUAUUAGCCCAAGGCGAAGGGAGAUCUCUAGAUCCAUUCUGGAGCCACUUGAUCUUCACAGCCAGGUGAUGGAGACUCUAACUUUAGUCUGGAAGUUGGAGAAGACAGAAUGGAUUGCUCUGGACACUGGAGUGGGGAAGGCAGUGAAGGAUGGAUUGCAGACAUUUGUGCACAAAUACUGGGACUGCCCUCAAAUCAUCCCUCGUUGUCAAUGGCGGGCAAAAGCCUACCGAGGUACACCUAUCCCACUGUCUCGGCCCCUCCGGUUUCUCUAUGUUCACCACACCUAUGAGCCAUCCUCACCCUGUUUAUCCUUCACAAACUGCUCUCGCGACAUGAGAUCCAUGCAGCGUUUCCACCAGGAAGAUCGUGGUUGGAGUGACAUAGGAUACAGUUUUGUGGUCGGCUCCGACGGCUACAUCUAUGAAGGCAGAGGUUGGAACCACCUCGGCACACACACCAGGGGACACAAUGAUAUUGGGUACGGUGUGUCAAUCAUCGGUAACUACACUGCCACCCUGCCCUCUCGCCAUUCCAUGGACCUGUUGCGUCAUCGUCUAGUCCAAUGUGCAGUAAAUGGAGGAGCACUGGCUGCCAACUUCACCAUCCAUGGCCACAGGCAGGUGGUGAACUACACCAGCUGCCCUGGAGACGCGUUCUUUUCAGAAAUAAGAAGCUGGGAGCACUUCAGGGAAUGACAGGACCUCACUGCCAGUUUAAGAUUCUUAAACAUCAUUAAUGGCUCUUCAGGGUAUGGUAAUAUGUCACUGCCUCUGUUUUUAUUAUUUUUCAUUAUAAUUGUUUCACUGUAUGAAAUUAGUUAACCUUCAUGGCCCUGGACUAGUUUGAUCUAUGAUGGCCGACUAAAUGAAUCUGUCAGAUCAUCCUGACAUGUGGGGCACCAGUAGGUUUAAUGCUGAGACUCAGGUGCUUUAAAGCUCAUUCAGGUUUGGUUCUCCUGAACCAACGUACUGUAAUCAUUAUGUGAACAGUGUACCAUCUUAUUUUACCAACUGUAAUCACCUUUACAUCAGGAGACCCUCCCAAAACUUAAAUUUGAAUUUCUGAAUCAUGGAAAUCAGUGUGACACUUAAGAGUUUAGCAUAAAUAAAAGUAUUUGUUAUUAUUUAAUUAUUAUAAUUAUUCAUAGUUGUUUAGCUUGGAGGAUAAUAAUUGGGAGUUCUAUAGCUUUUUCAAUCCUUUCAGUUUAUCAAUACGUCUGAUCAUGUUCAAGGCCAAUGUAUACAUAUUGUCAGGUAUGUAUGAAUAUAAAUAUUAAAAGGUUUCAUUAUAUGAAUAAGAUGGAUUUUUUUUGUUAAAGGUCCAGUGUGUAACAUUUAGGAGGAUAUAUUGGAAGAAAUUAAUAUUAUAAUAAAAUAUUCAUAGGUUUAUUUUCAUUAGUGUAUCAUCACCUAAAAGUGAGAAUGGUGUUUUUUUAACUUUAGAAUAAGCUUUUUAUCUACAGAGGGAACGGAUCCUCUUCUACAGAGGCCACCGUGUUGAACUGCCCAGAAAGGACCAACCAAACACUGGCUCUAGAUAGGGUUUUUUUUUUUUUUUGCUGCCACCAUAGUUUCUCCUAUAUGCUUGGAUGGCUGAGUGGUAUUUAAAUGGUUGCACUCUGCAAACUCACCAGUCACUGAAUCCUACACACAUUUAAAUAAAAAUGUAACUUAUUUCUCCACUUUUAUAUUUUACAGAUUCUCCAAAAACAGAAGAAUAAAGAGACCGGCCAAAUGUAAUAAAUGUGAUUGUUCCUAA